CACCGACUCAAAUAUCCUCCAAUUAAAAAUAAUCUUUCUAAACUGUAAUCAUUGACCAAACCAGCUUGAAGGUCAAUAUGUUACUUUACAUCUAAUUUCCAACUCAUACAGCACCAGUUCACUACAACAUAUUCAUCUUUUACAGUCCAGAAAUUAUAACAAAAGAUGGUACUCAACAUUUUCAGUAACUUCAUCACUGUGGAUGAUAAAAGAAGACUGGUUGAGAUUUUCCCAGAUCCUGUGAGGAAACAAUGGAACAAAUGGGAGCUAAGAGGAUUGGUUCUUCUCAGCCUCACCCUGCAAACUUCACUAAUCUACAGCGGUCACCGCAGAAAGUAUAUAGCCAAAAGAAGGAUCAGAAUCUUUAUAUGGUGUGCUUACUUGUUAGCCGACUGGAUAGCCACCGUGGCCCUCGGCCUCCUGGUCGACCGCCAAGGGAAUUCAGCCAGUUCUAGUUCUAAUAACAGCAACAAAGAUUAUGGAGAUCUAACACUCAUGGCUUUCUGGGCACCCUUUCUUUUGCUUCAUCUAGGUGGGCCGGACACCAUCACUGCUUACGCGUUAGCGGAUAACGAAUUAUGGUUAAGACACUUGCUUGGACUCGUGGUCCAGACGGCUGCAGCUAUUUAUAUCACUCUGUUGGCAUGGGAUGGCAGUGUUGUUUCUGUCCUCACAGUUCCUAUGCUUGUUUGUGGGAUUAUCAAGUAUGGUGAGAGGAGUUGGGUUCUGAUGUCGGCUAACCGGGAGCAGUUUCGUGAUUCGGUUCUUGCAGAUCAAGACCCUGGUCCGAAUUAUGCUAGGUUUAUGGAGGAGUUCUGUUUGAAAGAGGCUGAGGGGUACUAUGUUGCGGCUGUGCAAGUGGACGAGGGAAAUUCUCCGGAAGAUGAUGUGGAAAACACUGCGGGGGCUGCUGCUCCAUCUGUUCCUAACCCUGAUGCUAGCACACUAGACAUAGCGGAUUACUUCUUUGAAACAUUGAAGUUCAAGCGGCUUUUUGUGGAUCUAAUACUCGGGUUCCAUCCGCGAGAUGUGAGUCAGUCUUUCUUUGAGAAACAGGAAUACAACACCGCGUUUGAGGUGAUUGAAAUUGAACUUGGAUUUGCCUAUGAUGUUUUCUAUACAAAAGCACCUAUCAUAUACACUCCUUUCGGUUUGUUUUUCCGGCUCGCUACUUCCUUCAUCACGCUCUCGGUGUUAUUGACUUUUGUUGCAUCCAUGAACAUGAGGCCACAUAAACAUCAACCUGAAGAUGUUGUGAUUACUUGCAUAUUGCUGAUCGGUGCUAUUUUGCUUGAAGCAUAUGCAGCCAUAUCUUUGCUGUUCUCGGAUUGGGCAAAUCUAUGGUUAAGCCAUCGUUCUUCGAAGUUUCCAUUUAAGCGUGUAGUCUCGUCGCUCCAGUCUUCACAGAAAGGAAAAAGAUGGUCAAACUCUAUGUAUCAAUACAGCUUGAUAGAUUUUUGCCUCAACCAUAAAUCCUCAUCGUUUCAAAAAAUCUCAAAAGUCAUCCCUUUGCAUAAAAGGAUCAAGAACUUAUGGGAGAAAUGGGAGAGUAUGCUCCAGCUUAAACAUCUUACAAUAACACCCGAACUAAAAUCUUUCAUCUUUAAUCACUUUAAAGAGAAAUCUACCGACACAGAAUUGGAUCUAAAGAUCUUAAACACCUGUCGUGGAGCGGUCUCUCUGCGAACCCACAAAAGUUAUGGCACAUUUAAAUGGACGGUUGAUGUGGAAUUCGAUCAUAGCAUUCUCAUUUGGCAUAUUGCUACUGAUCUAUGCUUCAAUCUAGAUAAGACUGGUGAGGAAUUCAAACAAGAAUGGAAUCACUACAUGAUAUUGAGCAAACAAUUAGCAGACUACAUGUUAUAUAUACUGGUCAUGUGUCCUUUCAUGUUGCCCAUUGGAAUAGGAAUGAUACGGUUCAGAGAUACAUGUGCAGAAGCCAUGGUGUUCUUUAAAGAGAGAAACAGCACAAGUAAACUUGAGGCGUAUGAAAUGCUGGGGCAAGUGAGCACCAAAGUGUUUCCGGCAACAGUAAAGGGGGAUCGUAGUAAGUCGGUAUUGUUUGAGGCGUGCAAGCUUGCGGCUUCAUUGAGUGAGAUGGGUGAUUCUGAUCCUGGAAAGAUGUGGAAGAUGGUGGGUGAUGUGUGGGUGGAGAUUCUUGGCUAUGCAGCGAGUCAAUGCCGAGGGUUUGACCAUGCUCAACAGCUUGAAAAGGGUGGAGAGCUUCUUACUCAUGUUUGGCUUCUGAUGGCACAUCUUGGCAUCACUGAACACUUUAAGAUUGAAGAAGGUCAUGGAAGAGUUAAGCUGGCUGUUACCUAGAGAAGCUAAAGAGCAAACUCGGUGCAAGAGGCUCCCGCAAACGCAGGGUCCGGUUUGGGGGGGGAGGGGGUUGGGCCAACUUGGCAUGUUACCUAAAGAAUUAUUGGCUUUUAGUAUAAGAAUAUACUCUGUAAUCAAUGUGCUGCAAAUGCAAUUAUAUACUUAGCUCUUUAACAAUACAUAUGAUCUCUAGUUA